UUUUUUUUAUCACUGUACUGAGAUUGUGCAAGAGACUAUCUUUGCCCUCAGGAAAUAAAAUAUAUAGAGGUAAAGGAGUGUGACAUCUAAAUCUAAAAGGAUAUACACAUAUACAAAAUAUAUAUAUAUAUACAUUUGUUCACAGAACAUGAAAAUAUAGCAAAACAAUUUAAUUCUGACAGAAAGGGGAGACCUCUCUACUAUUCUUACACUUUGUGUGUACACUUGACAACACAACAGUGAGAGCUUUUUGGUGUGGGUGCUGUCUUAAGUGGUCUGUCCUCAAAUUCCAGAAAUUCUAGUCCAUUCUUUUAUGGUACAUUUAAUCUAUCUUGUUUAACUACAAUGUCUACCAUUUAUUUUGCAAAUAAGUGUUCUGUUCUUAGUACUUUAACUCUGUAACCUCUAUGAAGACACAAGGUUGAUUGUCUCCUUCUGUGGCAAAGAACCGCAAUUAAGGCAAAGAAUGUCAAGCCCAUUGCUCUUUCCCUAGACUUAAAAUAGCACGGAGCAGAAACUCUAUAGUUAUGUUCUUCAAUCUCUGAAGACUCAGCUAACAAAUAUUGGACAUCUUGUACGCACUGGGGUACAAAGCAGGGCAGAAAAUAUUUUAAAAUCCGUGCCUACGGCUAAGUGCUUGCCUAGCAUGCACAAAAUCCUGGGUUUUAUUCCUAGCAAUGUAUAAACCGGGUGUGAUGGUGCACGCCUUUAAUCUCAUUACUCAGGAGAUGAAGGCUGGAAGAAAAGUUCAAGAUCAUUCUUAAUUAUAUAGACAUUGUGUGCUCCCUCCCCCUACAACGGGUGGCUGGGGUGGAGGGAAUCCAAAAUCCAAGCCCAAAGCAGCUUAUAUCGGGGCACUCAAUUAGCCAGCCAUCAUAUUUCAUUUGGUCCUUUGCAACCUGGGAAGUGAGGACCACCCGGUUUGGCAGAGAAGGAUACUGGGGAUUACGUGAGGCUGAGAUCACUAGGAUCAUUAGUGGGCGUGAGGAUCAGCAUUCUAACCCAGGCCUGAGCUGUGAAUCAAUCAAACCGAAGCCAUUCAUCCAAUCACCAUAAAGUGCCGGCGUGGAGCUUCUAUGCAGGUCAGACGCCGAGCGGGGUUUGCGGAGUGCAGACGACUCGCGAGGGCCCUCUGUGCAAGUCGCGGGAUUUUGGCGCGCUCUUUUUGUUGGUUGGGUGUUCUCGCCGGUGAUUGGUUCCGGGCUGUCGUGGCUGCUGGGUCGACCUCGGUUGUACAGAGGCGGCGCAGCCUUCGGCUGGCCUCCUGGGGGAUGGGCCACCAGGAAUCUCCACUGACCAGAGCUGCGGCGGGAGGUGCAGCUUACAUAAAGAGGUUACGUAAAGCGCUCAGCUGGCGCGAACUCGAGGACGGACACGGGAAUCUGGAAGCCGAGGCCUCCCCUGGGAGCGUUGCUGUCACUCCAGGAGCAGCGCCGCGACCGGCAUCACGUCCCGCCCGGUUCACCGCCUCGCGCCCUACUCGGCUCGGCAGACAACCGCGGCUCGGAACGGACCAUCCUCCGGUGCGGGCUCCAGGGGGGAACCGGUCCGCCCGGAACUGGAGGAGCGCCGGCCAGAUCACAAUCCAAGGUACCGCUCCUCCGCAUCUCGGGGCUAGACGGAGGGAUGAGGCAGGGGGGGCCCGGGCGGCGCCGUUGCUGCUCCCCCCGCCUCCCGCAGCCAUGGAAACGGGGAAGGAGAACGGAGCCCGCAGAGGGACAAAAAGCCCGGAGCGGAAAAGGCGAAGCCCAGUGCAGCGGGUGCUUUGCGCGAAGCUGAGGCCGGCGGCCCAGGCCAUGGAUCCCGCUAUGGUCGAGGCCCCGGGCGAGGCCUUCCUGGCCCGGCGGCGGCCAGAGGGAGGCGGCGGCGGUGGUCCCGCGCGACCGCGCUACAGCCUCUUAGCGGAGAUCGGGCGCGGCAGCUACGGUGUGGUUUAUGAGGCUGUAGCUGGGCGUAGUGGGGCCAGGGUGGCAGUCAAGAAGAUCCGCUGCGACGCCCCCGAGAACGUGGAAUUGGCGCUAGCAGAAUUCUGGGCCCUGACCAGUCUCAAGCGCCGGCACCAGAAUAUCGUGCAGUUUGAGGAGUGCGUCCUGCAGCGCAACGGGUUAGCCCAGCGCAUGAGUCACGGCAACAAGAACUCACAGCUGUACCUGCGCCUGGUGGAGACUUCACUCAAAGGUCGAUCCUUCGGGACCCACAGUCUCAUCAUGUCUCGGACAGGAUGGCAGAGGGUACAGGUGGUGGCGAUCUCCUGACAGCUGGACCUCCCACAAUGUGAAGCUUUUGCUUGGGUUUCCCACGCUACCCUUUUGUUUUUCCUUUAUUAUAAUAAUAAUUAUUAUUUUUUUAAACAUUAAACCAUCAAGACUUCUGAAGAGCAGAAGGCUACAUUCUGGACAGGCACCUUUUUAUUGUUUGGGUUUUUGUUUCAUUUUGUUUUUAAGAACAUUGAAUGUGGGCAAAGCUUAUGCUUAUAUUCACCGUUAGUCCGUUAAUUUCUUAAGUUAGGGAGCAAUUUUGGUUUUCUCUUUCAUGUUCUGUUUCUUUCGUACACAUCUCUCAGUUGCGCUCUGGCAUCCCACUUCCCAAAGAACGUCUCUGCCCAGAGUUUGUCUCCUGCCAAGGGAUACGAAGAUCUAAGGAAGCAGCCUCUGAGUUACUUCCCUGCCAGUCGUGGGAGCUCUUGGACUCCUUGGGUGUGCUGGUCCUGGCCAGCCCUCAGGCCUCAGUCAGGAUCAGAAAUGAAGAACAGCUCAGAAGAGGAAGACCAGGGUUUGCCAGAAGUACUCUUAAAGAAGACCUAAAGCGUGGGUUUGGUUCUUUUUAAGUUCUUGGGAGCUCCAGGUCAUGCCACGACUCACUGUAGUUGGAAUUGCUUCCUUCUGUCCUUUCCAACCGGGCUCCCUGAGGAAGGAGACCAAGAGUGAUGACCCCGUCACUUGGGGAUAAAGACACUCCAGCCCACUUGCACACGCCUAUCUUCUAUUAGGACUGUUGUGCCGACUCUCUGUUAGACUUGGUCUUCCUUGGCCUCUUGUCACUGCUAUGAUUCUAUUACUUUUUUACCUUCUGCCUCUUGGAUUAUCUUCCCAGUGUGCUGCAAGUCCAGCUUGUCACAGAGACUACCUGGCCCCACUGUCCAGUUUUGACCAUUGCAGAUUACCCUCGAAUGGCUGCUGCCAUCAUUUCCCCACAGUAAAAGGUGUGCCCUGUGUACCAGGAUCUAUGGUGUCACUCACCACUGGGUGAUACUGUCAAGCGCCAUCUCUUACCCCCAGGGACUUCAUGUUAGGUGAUCAAACUCUUUGAAACUGUUGUCUGUUGAAAGAGAAAGGACCUGCCUUGAAUAGGGAAGUAUGAGGCAGACAGGGAUGCCCAUGUGGCUAGCAGAGGGCCCAUAUAGCAGCUAGCCGUCUUAAAGCAUCCCCAACCUAGGCUGCCUCUGUGUGCAUAGUCUUUCACUCUUAACUCUCUUGCAGUGUUCUUAUAGCCUCCUGAGGGAAGAUACCCUUCUUCAGCUCCUUCUUGAUGGAUCCCAUCAUUCUCUCGGCUGCAUCCCUCUACUUGGAUGCACCUUUGGUUGCUCCAGUACUUUCUCAGAUUUUUCACCCUGGCCACAUGGGAUGGGGUCUCUGGAUAAGGAAAGAAGGUAUCUAUGUGUUCAUCUUGUUCAUUCUUCCUAAACUAGCAUAGGAUGGAUAGGGAAAUGAGAGGCCAAGGGGAGCUUUUCUUUGAGCAGCUGUAGUGUGGGGAAGGCCAGAGCAACACUGAACCCUGCUUAGCUCUGUCCACUGACACUUUCCAGCCUUCUCUCAGGCAACUCAGCACCAAAGUUUCUUUCUUCUCUUGGCCAGAGGUCAGCUGCUGUUCCUGUGAUUCACGGCUGCAGACCCAUGGGUACGCGGCUGCAGCUCGUAAUGCAGGCAGGCGCUCACCUCGCUGCACUGUGGUAGCAUCUUGUCUUCUUGAGUUGUUAAGCGGCCUCCUGAGCUUAAUCAGAGUGGCACCUGGGAGGGGGCUGGGAACAGCAGCAUCCCCUAAUUGCAAAGUACAUUCCAUUUCUGUUCCACCCUCCUCUUUUCCUCUGGGUGCUGCUGUCUCUUUGUGCCUGAGCAGAUGGGAAAAGCAGUCUCUGAGCUCAGUACCCCACUCUCCGUGUUAUAGUCCUGCUGGGUUCCUGGUAAAGGGUCAGGCCUAGCAAAUCACUAUCUAUCUACCUUUUUCUCUUCUCCGUCUCUUCCCUCUCUGCAAUCAAGACUUUCCUAUCAUACUUUUCUUUGACACAUAUGGGGUGUCAAAGUAGCCCCAUAGGUUGCAGGUGGGUAGCCUGGUGAGGGGUAGCCUGUUUCCUUGCACCUUGUCUUCCAUGACUCCCAGCUGGUUCUGGCCCGGUGAUUGCACCUCUAUCUCUGGCUCAGAUGAGAGCCAAGUCUUGAGCCCCAAGUGCCUGUUCCUGUUUUCUUCCCUCCCUGUCCUGCAAUCUAUGCUAUCACCUGCCAGCCGGAUAGACGGACACUGGCCCGGUGACAUUUUUUGCUGUGCAAUGGCCAGUGAGUCAGCCCCUGGUGGGCUCUGUAGUCUUCUCUAAGCUCAGCUGCCUGUCCCUCUUGGGAAUCAGCAUCCUUCUCUCUUAUUUCCGCUCUGCCUCUAUGUGGGUUGCAGGCCUGCCGGUAGCUCUGUGGAGCAUCAUCUCAGGUGCCUCCAGUUUGCUAGACCUGCUCACCUUCUAGAUGUGUGCAGAACUCCUAACAUUUGUCAUUUUCUUGGGUGUGAGGAUUGUUGUUGGGAGACUGGCCUGGCCUGAGUUCUCUGCACUCAGAGCUCAGCUCCCUGUGACUGAAGGGAGUCAUCAGGACAGAUCAUAGUGCCUUAUUCCAUUGUCCUCCCUGUCCAGACUCUGCCAGAAGCAGGUGGCUGUCUUCUAUGUAUUCAUUUGUCACUGGUACUCAUAAUCUCCCACUUGUAUAUACCCACAAGGGAAGGAAGACUCUGAGCCCCCACCCACCUCCUGUGGGCUGUAGCCAGACACACCUCCCUCUUGCCUCUGUGGCCCUCACAGCAGCUCUAGACCAGGACCAAACGCUGCUGCCCACAUACGCACACUGCCUUUGUUCCUCCCUGUUCUUACCUCUAGCCAGGAAGACACUGACUGCACCAUCCAAACUGGCUCUAGCUAACCCCCUCCUGGUCACAGGAGACUAAGGUUCAGGCUUUAGCCUCACCUAGCUCUAGCGCAUUGGGGCAGGGAGUAGGAACUCUGUUCCCACCUUGUAGGGUUUGCCCUUUGACUGCCUGAGGGAUGUUUUAAUGUUUACUUAAAGAAAUACCCUGUUUACAGCUGGAGGAGAAGGGCACCAACACUAGGUGAAGAUCUGACUCUGGGUAGGGCCUGGCCUCCUUUGUGGCACUGCCAGUGGGAACUCCAGUGGCAGUGAAGGCAGACAGACACCUGGAGUGAGCAGAGGCCCUUGACUCGCUUCCUAACCCCGUGGUGCUAAGACCACUCCCUCGCCUCCUCACCUUCCUGCCCCAAUAGUUCCCACCUCCAUCAUCCCUUCCUCCAAGAUUCUCAGCUCUUUAACAUAUCACUACUUUAGAAAAACAGUGUUUGCAGCAAUAAGGUUAUUGUUUUUGCGUGAAUAUUUUCCAAGAAGGGGAAAAGAGCAUUGUGGAAAUCUGUUUAUGCUAUUAGGUGUUUACUGCUUGAGAAGACAGCUUAAAAGGAUGGGUUAAAUGUGGGUUUUAACCUUUAGAUAUCUUUUGGAAUCUUGGGAAGAGUGAGAGAGUGUCUGACUGCUAUCCUCCAAGGAGGGGAACGUUCCUACCCUGCCUUACUCCGUUGUCCUUCCCAACCCUGCUCACUGUGAGCUCUUUCCACCUUGUCUUUUCCUUGUGUGCCCCUCCUUCCACAUCUGGGGGCAUCGUGGCUUCAUUCCCUGUGGAUCUUUGGGUUAUCCCUCCCCUUGACUGGCAUCUUCCUUCCUGUCUGGCAGCUCCAGACAACUGUUGGAGUCUACCUCAGAAUUGGCUGAGUUUGGUUCCUCAGCUCUCCAGGCCAGCAGAUAGCAGACUGAUUUCUGAGCUCGUCAUACAGCCUUCAGGUCUGCAGAGGUCUGGAGCCUUGUCUGGAAACAUGCUCUGGGAGGGGAGCCCUGCUUUAGGGACUCUAUGGCAGUGGCUGAUGUCAGCAUCCACAGCCCUCACUGAGGGACAAGUCUACUGCCAUUGGUUGCCUAGGGGUCCCUAGGAUUAGGGAGAGUACCAGAAGGAGUGAGCCUUUUUUUUUUUUUUAAAUCAGAUGAGAUCAUAGGAAGAAGGAAACCUA